AUGUCCCAACACCAGUCCAAUCUGUCUCCUGAGAGGUUAGUGAGUCUGAUCGACACUACUUGGAGAGACUUCUCAGACACUCUCGUGCCGCUCACCAACAAUCAGCGAGAACGCAUCAAAAGAUGUUCGCUGCUGGUUACAACGGACCCUUCGACUAUUCACAAGAACGUACCCAAAAAGCGGGCGUACACGAUUUUGAAUGAUAUUAUGGGAAGUAGCGAAGAAUUGUUCUUUCUUUGUGCAUUGUCAGUUACCCCCACUGAACUCGGCACCAUGAAAUCGGAUGCAUAUCUCGCCAACCUCUUGGAAUGGAGGAAAGAAAAGACCUGUCCAAAAGGACUGAGAUAUGCAAUUGAGCACGAUUAUUCUCUCAUGCCGAAGAAGAAAGCCACACAUGACCCGGCGUAUCGAACGAUCCUCCAAGAGGAAGACCUUGCCAAUUUUAUGAAAAGUUAUUCCGGAAUGCAUGGAUCAUUUAUGAUCAGGAUACCGGACAAUAUCAAUGAAGACCCGGCCAUUGAGAUAUCACGUGAUAUGUGCCAAGCUCUCAUUAAAUAUGUUAUGGAAAAGACACAGGAAAGGAUGAAGCCUAUCGAAGCACCUCAGGAACAAGGAUAG